AUGUCUUCUGGAGGUCUUCUUCUCCUGCUGGGACUCCUCACCCUCUGGGCAGAGCUGACCCCCGUCUCCAGCCAGGGCCGUCCAAAGUUGUGUUAUCUUCCUGCUGACGGAGGACCAUGCUUAGCCCUUACGUACGCCUACUUCUACAACUUCACUGCAAAUGAAUGCCAACAGUUUGACUAUGGUGGAUGCCGGGGCAAUGCCAACAACUUUGCGACCAAGGAUCAAUGCCACUACACCUGUGUGGAAAAACCAGGGAUGUGUCCCCGGGGCCCUCCACAACGUCCUUGUCGUGAGAAGUGUCGAAACGACUGGGGCUGUCCCAGGGCGCAGAAGUGUUGCCGUUACGGUUUGCGUACUGAGUGCAAGGAUAUUCUCUAUGUGACGCAUGGGUCUUGGAGUUCCUCGCGUGGUGAUGGGAGGGACUGGAACACAACAGGAACCUGCCUGGCAAACCCAAUGCAACGCAACUCUGAAUGUUGUCACCUCUUCGUCACCAAGUUAUGA